AUGCUCAACGCAACAUACCACAACUAUGAGCACCAAGGGAGCAAAGGAAUGCUGAUCCGCACAACUCGCUGGUCGUUACCAGAUUAUCUUCACGAUCACAUUGACACUAUCCAGCCAACGACCUCCUUCUUCUAUCAGAACCCCCAAGCCAAGAGAGCCGAGCCACAAUCUCCUCAAUGGUUCCAGGAAGGAAGGCUGCCAACAUACCGCGAGAUGGUGGAGGAGGACCUACUGGAUCGUGGACACAUCGAUAUCCCCGACCAGCAAGACUUUCCUGAGUUUCCCACAGUCAAGCAGGCCUGUAACAGGCUCGCUGUCUCGCCGUUUUGCAUCCGCACCUUGUACGGUAUAAUCGGAUAUGAGUACCAAAACUCUCAAAAGAACGGAAUUGGCAUAGUCAACUUUAAUGGGCAGUCAAACAACCGUUCAGACCUUGAUGCAUUCCUCAGACUCUAUCGAAAAGAUGCUGCAGCAGCAAACGUAGCAAGGACAUUUGGAACAGAGAUCGUGAAUGCUGGAAGAGAUCAGCAGACUCAACUAGAUGCCCAACAACUUGAGAGUUUCAUGGACUUUGAAGGUGCUCUCGAUAUCCAGACCGUCAUCGGCGUAGGCUUCCCGACUCCAGUAACGGCAUACAACGUUGGUGGAAAGCCCCUCUACGAGACCUCCGGAGACAACGAGCCAUACCUGGAGUGGCUCCACUUUGUGAUGGGUCAAGAGGAUUUGCCGCCAGUCAUGACAAUCUCGUACGCCGAUGAGGAACACACUGUCCCGGAAGCGUACGCAAGGAGAGUGUGCAACGAACUCGCACAGCUUGGAGCACGAGGAAUCUCUGUUGUCUUCGCAAGCGGCGAUCACGGCGUUGGUCGGGAAGACCGUUGUUACGACAAGAACAAUUCUACGCACUUUCGUCCGAUGUUCCCUGCUUCAUGCCCCUAUGUAACUGCGGUGGGUGCCACACGACUGGUGGGGCCAGAAGUUGUAGCGUUCGACGCUCGAGGAGGGUUUGUUUCAGGCGGAGGCUUCAGCAAUUACUUCUCCAGGCCAAGCUACCAGGAGGGACAUGUCGAAGAGUAUGUUCGCGGACUGGAUUCCGAGCUGAAACCCUACUUUAACGCCCAAGGUAGAGGCUAUCCCGAUGUUUCAGCAGUUGGCUAUCAUUAUGUGGUCAUGUGGAAUGGCGUGGCACAUUUGCAAGACGGAACCAGCGCAUCUGCACCCACGUUCGCUGCUAUUGUGGCGCUUGUAAAUGAUGCCCUUCUCGCAGUGGGACGCCCUUCUCUAGGAUUUCUGAACCCGCUCCUGUAUUCGAGAGGUGCUACAGCGUUCAAAGACGUGAUUUCUGGAUCCAAUUUCGGUUGCAACACAACAGGGUUUCUCGCUGUAAAAGGUUGGGACCCAGCAAGUGGACUUGGGACGCCGGUGAGUAAAUGUGUGGUUUGUAUACUGUUGUUGUCUCAGACUAAUUCGUUAGUGGUUUCCCACUCUGAGAGAAAUUGCAUUGCGCGAGAGCUUUAG